GCACGUGUUGAACGACGCUUUCUGAAUCGGGAACUGCCGAAAGCGCGUCUUGCUCUCUCACCAGAUUGGCAACAAGAUGGCAACAAACUCCCCACCGUCCGUCAUACUUACGGACGCACUCGCAUCUCUGAAUAAGGCAGUAAACAUCGCAUUCACGAGCAUACAAGACCAAACACGUCUAGAAGUCACACAAGCAAGUGCUGAAGCACGGGAAGCGCGUCGUGAACGGGAUGAAGCCAUUAAAGCUCUCCAUGAGCUUAGGCUUGAUGAGCAGGCAUGGAGGCAAGAGGCUAAUGCCCGACAAUCUGCUGUCGAGCAAGCCGAGUUGACUAUAAAACACCAGGCAGAUACGAUCGCUCAGCUUCGCUAUGAGUCCGAGCAGUGGAAACAACAGUGUCUCCGUCUCGAAGACACGUCGCGACAGGAAGCCACCAGCUGGAAGGAGCAGUUCCUACGCGUUGAGCAAGAGCGCUAUAAGCUCGCAACGCGUGUGAAUGAGCUCAUUGAAGAACAGCAUUCUCAUACUGUCCAAACACACGCGUCCAUCACCCCAUUCACGACAAUGCUCCGUCACCCCAAUGCAACCGCAAGCACAAGCCUUAGCGACCCAUCCGCAUCUACGCGCCCUCGUUUUCCUCCCUAUACCUCCGAACUUCCUGACGAAUCCAUAUCCGCAUCGACAUCCAGAGCAUCCAAACCUAUAUCCACACAACAACUGCCCACUCCCAUUUCUGCGAACCGCAGGGCCUCCGGAGAUAAGUCAAAGCAGUACCUAAUCCGACGCGUCCAAGCUGUGAUCGAGGUGCCCGUAAAGGAGGAGAGUGUGGAGAACACCAUGUCUGAUGAAGCACCGUCUGCUUCAACUUCUUCUGCAUCAUCAUCAAGCUCGGGUUCAGCAUCAAGAGUACCAGGACCUAGUAGACCAACUUCAACCUUCUCAAGGCCAUGACAAGGUUGUAUCAGCCACCAGCAAAUCCAUACCACUGCACAACAAGCCUACAUCGGCACCAGCACCGUCGAAAUCCACAGCAAAACCUAGUAAACUCACACUCACCGGGACUGGCAACAAACCACCAUCCAAUCCUGCUACCAACAAACCUACCUCGUCCCGUCCCGUCCGCAAAGUGAGCA